CUGCUUGCUCCUAGCAGAGGACUGACAAAUGGGUUCCAAGAUCUCAAGAAACAAAGGACCCUCCACAUUGAUGAAGCAUGUUCACCUAUACAUGUGAAUCAUGUUCGAAAUAAGUUGCGGGAGAUAGUGGGAGCAUCCACAAACUGGAGAGACCAUGUGAAAGCAAUGGAGGAAAGGAAAUCACUUCGUAGUUUUUUGGCUAAGUCACAGGAAGAACUGCCACUGAGGAGAAUGCAAGACAGUUAUACUGAAGUUCUCUUGCCUUUGGGCAGUGAACCUGAAUUACGAGAGAAGUAUUUGACUGUUCAAAACACUGUAAGAUUUGGCAGGAUUCUUGAGGAUCUUGACAGCUUAGGAGUUCUUAUUUGCUACAAACACAGCAGAAUUGAGGCAGCUAAGACUUGUCCUUUAUCCAUAGUUACAGCCCUUGUGGACAAAAUAGAUAUGUGUAAGAAGAGCAUAAGCCCAGAACAGGACAUUAAGUUUAGUGGUCAUGUUAGCUGGGUUGGGAAGACAUCCUUGGAAGUGAAGAUGCAAAUGUUCCAGGGGUCCCAUGUAGUCCAGCCAGCAUUUGUAAAUCCACUUGUCAUUGAAAGCCCAGAGGAAGAAGAGCUCUUUUCACAAGGAGAAUUGAACAAGGGGAGAAGAAUUGCUUUCAGCUCAACAUCAUUACUGAAAGUGGCCCCCAGUGCUGAGGAGAGGACCACCAUCCAUGAGAUGUUUCUUAGCACGCUGGAUUCAAAAACCAUAAGUUUUCGAAGUCGAGUUUUGCCACCUAAUGCAGUAUGGAUGGAAGAUUCAAAACUGAAGAGCCUGCAAAUUUGCCAUCCUCAGGAACGGAACAUUUUCAAUAGGAUCUUUGGUGGUUUCCUUAUGAGGAAAGCAUAUGAACUUGCGUGGGCUACUGCCUGUAGCUUUGGUGGUUCCCGACCAUUUGUAGUAGCAGUGGACGAUAUCAUGUUUCAGAAACCUGUUGAGGUUGGAUCACUGCUGUUUCUUUCUUCACAGGUAUGCUUUACUCAGGACAAGUACAUUCAAGUCAGAGUACACAGCGAAGUGGCUUCUCUUCAGAGUAAAGAGCACACAACCACCAAUGUCUUUCAUUUCACAUUCAUGUCAGAAAAAGAGGUUCCUUUGGUUUUCCCUAAAACAUAUGGAGAGUCCAUGUUGUAUUUAGAUGGGCAGCGGCAUUUCAAUUCCAUGAGCACCCCAGUGGUCUUGAUGAGAAAGGAUUACCCAAUGGAAUCGUAG